UUGGUGGCUGCGCGCGCAGCUGGGCUGCCGCCAUCUUGUGGGAGGGCACUGAAGAAGGGCAGAGCGAGGCGGUGAAGAAGGAGGCAGCCGAGGGUGCCAGGGGCUUCAGCAUCUCUGCUAGGCUUGAACCAGCAACCAUGGCUGGCCAUGACUCAGGAUCUCAACACCAGUUCACUGGAUUUCAGAAGUACUUCAAUUCCUACACCAUCACAGGCAGGAGGAAUUAUGUAAUAGCAACGUAUACAGGCAUUGCAAUGCUCGUCUUGUAUUUCAAGCUCAGACCUAAAAAGAAAACUCCUGCUGUGGCAGAUAAAUAAAUGGUUUUUGGCAUGUCUGAAGCACCAAUCUGUGUCAUUGCAAAGGAAACUGAUGUCCUGUGGUGGCUAAUAAAAUAUAAACAAUUA